AUGUCGACGGCUGUGGAAGCGACCGGGUUCAUCAUGAGCAUAAUCGCCUGGUUGCUGACCGGAGCGGCUCUGGUCAACGACUACUGGAAGAUCUCCACCGUGUCCGGCAGCGUCAUCAUCUCCCAGAGGCAGUUUGAGAACCUGUGGCACUCCUGCGCCGAGAACAGCGCCGGCAUCGCCGAGUGCCGAGACUUCGAAUCUUUACUCGCCCUUCCAGGUAAGAGAAGGACCUGAAAACCAGAGUAGAGUCCAAACAGCAAAAAUAUCGACUUCCUGAUAAAGUUCGGACUCAAAGGUUCUCGAAGUCUGAUCCCAGGAGUCGGGUUCGCCAUUUUCUCCGAGGUAGAUCUGCCGCUAAAUUAAAGCUGUAAAAUCAGAUCGAUCAAAAGCUCGGGGACAAAGUGGGAAAUUCUUGACGACGCCAUUUUGAAGAAUUAUUUAUCGGAACGACUGCUCGCUAAAGUUCUAAUUUUUGGCGCUUAUUUUGUUGAAUUCGCCAACCUCAGUUUUUACGUUAGCGAGGAAACGGGCGUACGCCACCGUUUCCUCGCUCUCUGUCUGAUUACGUGAAUGACCCAGAAAAAGUUUUGAGGUCAAGUGUCACAUCAGAAAAAAACGCCAAAAGAAGAAAAUCCCGAAUCCGCCUCAGAUCAGACCUGACAGGUUGAUAUCGGAGUUCUUUAUAUUUCGAGUUAUUCCGUUAAAAACAUAAAUACGCUGAAUGAUUAUGAAACCUGCAGCAGAGGAAGUAGGUCAGCGUGUUUUAUGGCGUCGUUUCAAAAUUACCCGAUCAAAGGUUGGUUUCUGUUACGAGCAGGAGUUUCCCGCCGAACGCCAAACGAAGGUCAGAAAGAUUUUAAUUUAGAGAAACAGGUACGAAGACGAUCUUCACGUCUUUAUCCCGACAUUUUUAGGUGAAAAUGUCCUUUUUUCUCUCGAACCUGUAAACUGUGUUUCCUCCUGUGAUGUGUUAUCAUCCGGCGCCAUUUUGAAUCGUCUCCACACCAAAAUGGAGGGAAACGGCGUUCGAAGGCCGACGGUGUUUUUUAGUUUAAUUUUGAUUUAGUUUGAGUUUAUUUGAAGGAUUUUUAAAAUGAAAAUGUAGGAAUGAGUCUGACGUCAGCGGGAGAAGUUUGACCUGAUACUCUCGUACGCCGAUGACCUACAUAAGAAAUGAGAUGAUCGGAGAUAACGCUAACGUUGUUUUUGACGUUGAAUUUCAGUGUUUAGGAUGGUUUUUAUAGUAAAAUAGUGAAGUUUAGGACGAAAUGAGAGUUGAUUAAAGAAGGAGAUUAAAGAUCUGGAGUUUCGGUUCUACGUCCGACUAAAGUCUGAUUUUCUGAGGGAGGAAUCGAAGGUUUGACCUUAAACUGGGAGGACUUCUCCUGGUUCAUGAUGUUUUUAGAUGGAUCCGCUGUAAUGUCAUGUUCUGUGUGAUUUGGUGUUUUAAACCAACAGUCAGGAUUAAAGGAAAAGGAAACUGCAGCUCUGGUGUUUUGUGGACGUGGUUCAGAGUCUCGACUUCCUCCUCUGUCCUCGAGGAUCUUCCCUGUCCUCCUCUCAGACUCUAAACGGUUGAAUAAAGUCCCUCAGUCCGCUCGGGGUCAUGUUGCAGACAUCACCGAUCACGUCUUGGAUUUGUAGAUCUUGUGGUUAAAAACAUCUGUUUGUGUUUCAGCUCAUGUUCAGGCCUGCAGGGCUCUGAUGAUCAUCUCUCUGCUGCUCGGCCUCGGCUGCAUGAUCUUGUCUCUGCUCGGACUCAAGUGCAUCAAGAUCGGCUCGGCCACCGACGAGUCCAAGGCCAAGAUCGCCGCCACCGGAGGAAUCCUGUGCAUGCUUGGUGGUGAGUUUUCACGAGAACGUGAUCGAACACGGGACAACCUGAACUGACCGUCAACGCUGACGGGUUCGUGUUGACAUGUUUGGUUCUGUGUGUUCGCAGGUCUGUGCUGCAUGAUCGCCGUUUCCUGGUACGCCUUCAGGGUCGUUCAGGACUUUAACGACCCGUUCUUUGGAGGAGUGAGGUGAGUGACAGAGAGAGAAACGGUCUCCCCCUCAGUCCUUCAGAGAGACAAUCAUCUCAGCGGUUAUCAGGCGUUUGUUUCAUGCUGUCCCGUGUUUGCAGGUUUGAACUUGGUACUGGUCUCUACAUCGGAUGGGGCGGAGCCAGUCUGUCUAUUCUGGGCGGAGCUCUUCUCUGCAGCGCCUGCAAGAGGGCGUCGGCUGGAGGCCCGAAAGGGUAAGUGGAACACAACACAGCUGAGGUCAAUGUAGUAAAAGAAUCAGAAACUGACGAGCUGAAUUCACAAGUUCAGGAAAAAGUUUGUAAAGUUCAAAGAAUUUUUGACAAAAUUUGUGACUAAAAGUAAAGAUGUAACUUUAAAGAACAAGAAUAAGUCGAUUAUGAAGAUAAAGUUUGAAGUUUAAAUGAGCAGUCAUGAUUUUAUCAGUAAAAAAUUUUUAUUUUUGAAGUUAAAGUAUAAAAAUAUGUAGAUUUAGGAGAAAAAAGUUCCACAUUAAUUGAUAAUAAGCAGUAGGUUAUAAAAAAAAAACACUAAAUGUUAGUUUUAGAUUUGUGACGGCAAAGUCUUGAAUUCCAAAGUUUUGUUUUAAUAAGUUUUAAAUAUUUUUUUAACCUCUUUUGUUCUGGUGAAGCUCGAUUUUGUGAAGGUUUUGAAUAAGAGCGUUAUUUCUUUUACAUACAUUUAAAUAAUAAUAAUAAUCUCUCUCUCUCUCUCUCUCUCUCUCUCUCUCUCUCUCUCUCUCCCUCUCUCUCUCUCUCUCUCUCUCUCUCUCUCUCUCUCUCUCUCUCUCUCUCUCUCGUUUGUUUUGCAGCGGUUAUGGAGGAAACUAUGGAAACAAGAAGGUCUACACAGCCACAGCCAAGUCAGAAUCGGACGCCCGAGCUUACGUUUGA